ACCACCUUACCUUAGUACGUACGUUAUAGCUAAGCCAUCAAGGAUUAAAGACUCCCUACUUCCUGAACGAGGUGAAUGUCUAAUAAUAUCUGUAGAGCUUUGAAUUCUUAAAUCAAUCAACUUCACCUUUGUUGGCGCGGAUCUUUUGGGGGGAGGUGUUUAUCAGUUUAUCAAAGCCGUCUCAAUUUCUCAAAUCCUUCAUUCAACGCCGGCAUUGAUCAAGUAGACCUCCCUAAAAUCUUACAACUAACCCAAACCCGCCGCAUUGGCUUGUUCCCAAAAAUCGACGCUUGAGAGUUGGUCCUUUAAAUUCUUCGAUGCUCUCUGGCGUAAACGACAGCCUAGACCCCAAUAGGGUCCUAGCAGUAACAGGAUCACCUUUUAUAAUAUAAUAUGAAGAAAGGAAUGACCGUCAUUCUCCACCGAGAUUUAGUCGUUUGUCACCGUUAUCAUGUCCACACGGCCGGGUCGCUAUCGAUCGUCCACCUCCGCGUCGACACCUCUAGCUACCUCUAAAGCUACCGAAGUCCUCCAAGCUCUCUUCGAUGCCGUAUCUUCUACUCUCUCCGCCCCCGUAAGCAACGGCUACCCGAAAUUCGAGCCAUUAUUAGUCCACAUACGACAAAUUCAGCAACAUCUAUCCGCAACUGCCCCGCCGAGCUCCGUCCAAGACGAUUUUAGACAUCUUCGAGGCUUUCACCACCUCCUCAAUAUACUACGGUCCUUCUCCGGCUUCUAUAAUCUCCAAAAGCGGGACGAUGACGAAAAAAGAAACUUUUUCCGCCUCCUCGAUGCCGUAUUUGGCGCUCUCGCUGCUGCCUUCCGUGCGCAUCCCGGUAACCGGCGGUAUUUCCGUACACGAGUCGAGGGCGGUGGUUGGGAUGCCUUAGAGCAAAUUAUAGCGAGCAUCGGCCUUGGUGGUAGCGAUUCAGACCUGUGGACAAGCUGUCAGCUGUUUGGGAAGCUCUUCUCCUUGGCUGUAAAUGACCCUGCCCUGGAUCAGCUAUGUUGCUCUGCUACACUAGACGACGCUGCGCCUUGGGUUCUGGUGGCACCGGAUGAGCCUGGUACCGGGGAAGAUGGUGCGAGAAGCGAGGACCACGAUGUUGCUCGCAUAGGCGACCAUAUGGCAUCGAUCGAGGCGGCGAUCGAAAAGACCGUUGGCCCCAAGUCAACCUUACAAAACCCCGAGGUUGUUCGUACCAUCGUGGAUUUCUGGGAAUCCCUGCCACGCAAUAAAAAGACUCCAGAAAACACGGCAUCCUUGCUGGUACUCAAAGUCCUAUCAUCCAUUUCACAUGUUUCCAACAUAAACAUGUGCCUAGUUCAUGAAACGGGCGUUUUGUCUCGAUUUUUACGAUUUGCUUUCGACGACAAUUCUCCUGUUAACGAUGCUGAGAGGGAGGCAGUUUUAUCUAUCUGUCGAUCUCUGAUGCCUUUCGGUGUGAACCGACUAGUGGACGCACAGGAACUUCUGCUGAAUCCCUCUCUAGACGCAUCAGAUUUCUGCUUAGAGGUAAUGCGCAAAUAUAAUGGCCCUUCAUACAUACAAUUCGACUUGACGCAGAAUGGUCAUUCUUCUAUUGAAUUACCAAGCUUAGGUCGUCCAUUCCCCCCUCAGUCAUCUGCUGGAUAUACAUUUACUGCGUGGGUGCGGGUCGAUCAGUUCGAUCCGAAAUCACAUACUACAAUCUUUGGCGCCUUUGACUCAACCCAAACUUGUUUUGUUCUCGCAUAUCUCGAAAAAGAUACCCAAAACUUCAUUUUGCAAACUUCGGUCACUUCACAGCGGCCGAGUGUCAGGUUUAGAACCUUUACAUUCAAACAAGGGAUAUGGUAUCAUAUCGCGGUGGUUCACCGACGGCCUAAAACGAUGACACCUAGCAGAGCUUCCUUAUACGUGAACGGCGAAUUUGUUGAGCAGAUACGCGCUUCUUAUCCUGUUCAGCCGCCGCUAUCGAACGGCAGCACGGAGAGUUUUGCAUCAUUCACCUCCUCGAGUAACAAGGCCAUGCCUGUCCAGGCAUUUUUAGGAACCCCACGUGAGCUGUCUUCUCACCUAGGCGCAGGAUUAAUACAUUCAAGAUGGUCUCUUGGUACAGCCCAUCUUUUUGAUGACGUAUUGAGUGAUGAUUUUCUAUCAGUGCCUAGUCGGCUAGGAACUCAUUACCAGGGGAACUUCCAGGACUGCCUUGGAGGAUUCCAAACUUAUACGGCAUCCGCUGCCCUAGGCCUCCGUAAUGAUCUUGUUAGUACCGGGAAAGAUGGCUCUGACAUCAUGAAAGUUAUUAGGGAGAAAGCUAGCAAUGUUGUCCCAGAGCACAAAAUCCUUCUGAGUAUACUGCCUUCUUCUAUCUUUAGAGAAAAGGAGCAUUUCGGCGAGUCACAGCUAUAUCGUUCUCUGUCUCGCGGACCUGCUCACACUCUCGUACAAAUGGUCCUUAAAAAUGGCACAGGCAUAGCUAUUAACACGGCCCUACCUUCGAUCAACGAUGCACUCCUUCGUUCGAACGGGGUGGCGGUAUUGACUGGGAAUCCUAUCGUGGCGACUCCUCAGUUCUUCGAUGAUGCCCUCUGGCAACUUGCGGGUUUCACACCACUCGCGUUGAAAUUAAUAGAGAGGGCUUCUUCGGCCGAAACGCUAGUACGUGCUAUUGAGAUGGUAUUUCUAUGUAUCAAUUCAAGUUGGCGAAAUAGCGAGGCUAUGGAGAAAGAUGGGGGAUACGCGACCUUAGCAAUAUUAUUAAAAGCCAAGCUUGGUUUUGGCGGACCCGGAACCGAGACUCUGACCGAAAAGCUCACCCUUUCGCAUGUCGAAAAGGACAAACUAUGCGUCCAGAUACUCAGCCUUGUGCUGGAGUUUGUCGGUUAUAAACAUCGAGAUCCCCUCGAAUCGGUGAUCAUAAAUCCCUUAGCAUAUCGCAUUCUCCUAGUCGAUUUUGAUGCCUGGAGAAAAUGCGGACCCUUCGUCCAAGAACUGUAUUAUAAACAGUUCGUGAGUUUCGCCGUGAUGAGCAAAUACCAUCAAUAUAACAACCGCAGGCUACUUCGAAUGCGAAUUGUGAAAAGGCUUCUCGAUGCCAUUAAAUCGGAGCCUCUGCUAGAGGCUGUGCUCCCCUAUUUCAUAAACGCUAUCAAAAGUCUCGUCAAAUGUAACUAUAACAGCGAAGUUCACCAAUCGCUCGCUUUAUUUAUUACUUAUUCCUUUCAUCCCACGUCGAGAUCUCUUCCCCGUACUCCGAAAGCAACAAAUAGGCGACCCUCCCAUAAUAUUCCAUUACGUCCACUGGUCCAUGCAAACGGAGCGGGUGGGAACGACCUGCGGUUGCUCACGAAGAGGGAUGUCGGCGUACGUCUCCUGGAUAUGUAUAGCCAGCUGCUAUGCGAAAAAGGGAACUUGGCAAUUAUUCGGAAGUUUGCUAAGACUGUGACAAACAAGGUACUUGACGCAAGGCCACUACGAGACGGUUCCAAGCUGAUGAUGGCCCAGUGGCUUUUGUAUCUUCUCACAGAAAACGAUCCGGAAAUUGUAACGCACGGGUGCAAGAUACUUGCUAGGCUUUUAGUCACUCACGGGUCGGCCUAUGUCAGCAAGUUCUCGGGCAAGACUGGGGGCUUCUGUAUCAUGGCUCACCGUCUCAAGCGGUGGUGGGAUAUCGCAACUCUUUGGCCCAUCUGCUUCAGUAUUCUCUUCGGAUACGAUGUCGCAGAAAUAGACUUCGAGAAGAAUUUCGACUUUUUUAGCUUAUUAGAAACGUUUGGGAAAUGCAAAAUAGCGAACCCCGAUGCGUUGACAAUCAUCACGGCCAUGAUCCAGCAUGCCCUGAAAGAUAUCCUUAAGGCCCAAGAGGACCCAGCUUCGCCUCCACCUGAUAUUAACCCACCGGUAACAAAACGCGAGACUCCAGAAACGAGACUACGAGCCCGAUCAAUGUCGCUUCAAAAAGAGCUGGAAUCACGAGAAGUAAUUGAACCGCGGGCUGAGCGUAACGCUGGGAACGCUUCUGUACUCCAAGCGGUCAUUCGAUUCAUGUCCGACCUACAUAGCAGAUCGGCGGACUUUCGAGAUUUUGCGCUUUCCUCGGACUACGUGAGGUUACUCCUGUCUGCUCUCUACCCGGCCAUCGUAAGCGCAGAUCCAGUAAAUCCCGAAACAGAACUCAACUCUAGGGACUCGACACUCACUUUCGAGGGCGGCGAUGUUAUUAUUCGCCCGAUCGGCGGAUCAUCAAGUGCUGCACCAGUAAUUAGAACGUCUAGCACGACUGAUACGUCCGUACCGGCUACCAAAAUUACACACGCUCACCGGGGAACUCAAUUACGAAAGGCUUCAUCUUUCAUACUGCUAACAUCCCAGAAAUCUACCCAAACUAGUCCGGCUCGUCUCGUUCAUGUCAUGACACCGAAGACGAAGGUAACAAAUCAAAACAUCGGCCAUGGGUUGGUUGAAGGCCUCCUUGAGCUUGUUAUCAAUGUCUUCGUAGACCAGCUAUUGGUACGAAAGGAAUUUCCAGGUUUCGGCUUAUUCCUCAAAGUACCUCCUGGGUUUCAAGAGCAUCAGGCCUACUUCGAAUCCUACGUGUUGAAGAGCACCAUCGUUCAUAUAUCGACAGCAAUCAAACUUGAUUGGAAGGUUCUCAAUGAGCCAAAAGUGCUCACCAAUAUGGCCAGGUUCAGUCUCCAUAUGGUCGAAGCAAUAUUCGAAGGAUGGUUCAUGAACGGUACCGAAUCGAUAUUGAAUUUUGCGGGCCUUCUGCUGGAAUAUCUCCAAAAGCCAGAUGUUGCGAAAAUGAAAACCGUAAGGCUUUGUAGCCAAGCGGUGACGACAAUUCGAAGCUCGUUUCUGAAGCUGGUCUUACUUCGACUCUCGGAAAUAGACGAUCCACAGACCACCGAGAUGGAAGCGAACUUUUCGAUGGAGAAGAUACUUUACUGGCAGAUGGUCGUAUUAGAGUCUCUAUCACCCGAUGAGGAUUAUAUGAAACUAUUCUGGUAUCAGCUUUAUACGAAAUUGGUAGAUGCUAGGCGAGCUGUACGGCUUGCUGCUGUAAAUAUCUGGCGCAUCAUGCUCGUUCAGAAGCCAAGCGAAUGCAUGUCGCUGUUUCGAUUAUCUAUGACUUCAGUCUCGGAUCAGUCCCAGCUGGUAACGGAUUUCCAGAAACUUACUGAACUUGACACGGACACAUUUAUCGACUGGGUCGAUGAGCAUCGGGCUUCACUCGACGUGCUGUUUCUGGGAGGUCUCUCGCGAACCUGGGAAGAAUUCGUUAAUACAGAAAACCAGCGCACAACAGAGACUGCUAAAUCGAGACUGACAAAGCGGAAGGAGACUCUUAGGCGAUGGCAUUCGGAAAUGGUCGAACGUGAAAAUAUCCUACUACGCCAUGAUAUGGCCAAUUCCGCCUGGAUGAAAUCAAUUUACGCGUCUGAGCAUUUCAAGCAUCAGCGUCUUAUGCAGGACCAACAGGACGAUGUCAUUUUCUUUUCAUCGUCGUUUUCUCGUAUGCAAAAGGACCUCAACCGACCAGGAGCCGUAUUAUACGAUCCUAAACCUAUUAAAUGGAAACUAGACAGGACGGAAGGGCGGAAUCGUAUGCGUCUCCGACUUCUACCAGACUUUUCUACCGACCACGACCAGUACCAACCUAAACGCAAAACGGUAGACCAAUCGGCAGCUCCCGCUCCUAAGGAAGAGCCCGUUGAUGCUCCUGCUGCGACUCCUAAGCCAAUAAAGCCUGCACCCCCAUCUAUAACCCAAGGGCAGAUAAGCGGCCAAGAUGAGAUUGCGGAAGACGACUCUGAUGAUACGCCGGCUGAUGCACAGGCCGAAUCUAAAGCUGGACAGGCAAGCGUCCCUGAAGAUGACUUUGAGAUGAUUGCCGACCCCAACGACCCAAAUGAUGCCGAUGAUGGAUUUGAAGACAAGAAUAGGAGAGUGAUGAGACGCCUGCAGCAAGGCGAUACCGUCCAACAAGUCUAUAAUGUUUCUCGCAUUAUUGGUCUGGAAGCAUUUGAAGGUAUUCUUCUAGUUGGAAAGAACGCCCUUUAUUUGAUGGAUAGUUUCUUCCAGUGUGCGGAUGGAGAGAUCGUCAACGUAUGGGAAGCGCCGGCUGAAGAACGCGAUCCUUUCUCUCAAAUCAUAACUGGUUCCAAGGCCAGCGAAACUCGCCAGAGCGCAAGUCGCGCCUCUCAAGACUCCCGCAGCUGGAAGUGGCAUGAUGUUAUUAGUAUAUCGAAACGUCGAUUCCUGUUUCGAGACGUGGCGAUCGAAGUCUUCUUUACCGACGGCCGUAGUUAUCUUUUAACUGCGAGGAAUCCGGCGAUGAGAGACGAAAUAUUCUCCAAGCUCGCUAACAAAACUCCGCAUACCGCGGGAGCUAACUCAUUGCCUAAUCCAGAGGAUGCCUGGCGUCUUGAUUCGCUCAAAGUCUUUGAAGAAUCUCCUCAAUCUUUCGGGUCAAAAUUCGGCAGCAUCUUCAACUCUUCCCCCUGGAAUCCCCUGAUGCGGCGAUGGCAGCGAGGUGAAAUAUCCAACUUCCACUAUCUCAUGCUCAUAAACACGAUGGCGGGGCGUACAUUUAACGACUUAACCCAAUAUCCGGUGUUCCCCUGGGUCCUGGCAGACUACACGAGCGAAGAGUUGGACUUGAACAACCCUGCUACUUUCCGAGAUUUAUCCAAGCCUAUGGGCGCGCAGACCGCACGACGGCAACAAGACUACCAGACUAGAUACACCAGUCUGGCUGAGAUUGGCGAGACACCUUUCCACUACGGCACGCACUACUCAUCUGCUAUGAUUGUCGCGUCGUACUUGAUUCGGUUGCCUCCUUUUGUGCAGUCCUUUAUCCUUCUGCAAGGUGGCUCCUUCGACCAUGCAGAUCGACUUUUCUUCUCGAUCGAGGGAUCGUGGAAAUCGGCAUCGCAAGAUAACGGAUCCGAUGUCCGAGAACUGAUCCCGGAGUUUUUCUAUCUUCCUGACUUCUUAACAAACGUCAACGGAUAUAACUUUGGCGAUCGCCAAGGUUCAGGGGGUCGAGUAAACCACGUCGAGUUGCCUCCGUGGGCUAAAGGCGAUCCGAAGAUAUUCAUCGCAAAACAUCGCGAGGCGUUGGAGAGCCCUUAUGUGAGCCAACAUCUUCAUCAGUGGAUUGACCUAAUUUUCGGUCAUAAACAACGUGGCGAAGCGGCCGUGGAGAAUUUGAAUGUGUUCCAUUAUCUUUCGUACUAUGGUGCCAAAGAUCUUGAUAACAUUACGGAUUCGAAUGAACGACAUGCCACUACAAGUAUUAUCCACAACUUCGGGCAGACUCCGCAUCAAGUCUUCACCAAGCCCCAUCCGCCGCGGGAGAACGUCACAUUUCCAGUGAAGAGAUUAGAUACGGCUAGCCAUGCUCUUGCUAGGAUACCUCACCCGCUUCUCGAGAGUCGCGAGCGAGUUGCCUCCCUUACUUAUUCGCCUAAAUUAGAUCGGCUCCUGUGUUCAUCUCCUUUCCGCCUCAACCUUCCCCCUUUCUUUGACAAAUACCUUGAGUGGGGAUUCGCGGACAAUAGCGUGCGUUUUUUCUAUACUGAGAACCGGAAGACUGCGGGCGUCAGCGAAAACUUGCACACAGGCCAAAUUUCAUGUAUCGUCGUCGCCGAUUCGAAGACAUUGAUCACCGCCGGCGAGGAUUGCGUCGUAUCUGUGUUUACUAUACAGGCAACCUCAGGUAAAUCCGUGGAGCUUUUACAUCGUUCUUCACUAUUCGGGCACAAGACUCCGGUCACAACAAUCGCCGUGUCUAAGGCAUUUAGCACGCUGGUCACUGUUUCCAGAGACGGGCAUGCUUUCCUCUGGGAUCUAAAUCGUCUCGAGUUCGUGCGAAAACUGCCCAGCACUCGAGCGGUCGAGUGCGCCCGCAUUAACGACGUAUCGGGAGAAAUAAUGCUAUGUUCGGGUCCGAACGUCGUAUUAUACACGAUCAACGGCGAUUUGAUACUCGACCAGAACGUGUGUUCCGAAGUCGACGACUACGUAUAUUCAUGCUCCUUCUACGAAGGGUCGGGGAACGAGUGGCUGGAGAAUUACCUCAUCUUUACGGGACACAGGAGAGGCAGGGUAAACAUCUGGAAGCGCACCAUCAAGGGUGGCAAGUGGGCGCUGGAACUGGUACGACGGCUAGACCACAUCGACACGCGCAGCGAGACGGGGACAAAUACGGAGGCGGCGAUCACGUGCAUCACGCCGAUGCCGCAGCUAGUGUAUACCGGAGACGACGACGGGCGAGUGUACGAGUGGAAUCUGAUACAGAGGGAAAGAUAGAGUCUGACCCAACGAAGACGGUCUUCGGCGGCGCGGUGGAAGAUGCGGUCGCAAAGCAACGGUGUAUAGACGAGCAUUUGCUGGAGAUUUUAGCGCUUUUCUGCGUAACUUGCUUGCUUGCACGCUAGCUUGAAUCAGGUACGACGUGCGCACGGGGAGGAUGAAAGGAAGGAGGAGGG